AUGGAAUACCGCUUGUGGUUGGCCGGCAAAGAGCAAGAUGGGAAUGCAGACCUGAUUCCCAUUGAAGACCCCGCAACCGGAGACAUCUUUGCGCAAUGUCACGCAGCCUCGCCAGGAGAUGUCGAGACCGCCAUCUCAGCCGCUCACGCAGCAUACAAGUCCGGUGUAUGGUCGUGUGCGAGUCGUCACCAUCGUGCUGAUGUGCUAGACAAGUGCGCAGUGCUUCUCUCCGAUGCCCUCCCGCAACUCAUUUCAACAGAAUCCAAGCAGACAGGUCGUGUGAUUCGGGAAAUGAAGGCCCAGGUCCCGUCCUUGACAAGAUGGUUCAAAUACUAUGCCUCCCUGCUAAGAGUCGAGGAACGUUCUGUUCUGCCGACGGUGGGUAAACUGCAUAACUUUGUCGAUCGAGUGCCUCUCGGAGUGGUCGUUCAGAUCACCCCGUUUAAUCACCCGUUGUUAAUCGCCGUGAAGAAGCUUGCUCCGGCACUUGCCGCCGGAAAUAGUGUCAUAAUUAAGCCUAGCGAGCUGACACCAUUGACAACUCUUUUUUUGGGCAAACUUCUUCGCGAAGCUGGGAUCCCAGAUGGUGUGUUGAGUGUCUUACCUGGUUAUGGAGCUAUCACCGGCAAAGCAUUGGUUGAGCAUCCAUUGGUGAAAAAGGUGGAUGUGACUGGUGGCACCGAGGCAGGUAGGGCAAUUGGGAAGAUCAUUGGUGGAAAUCUGGCAACAUACACUGCAGAGUUAGGUGGAAAGGCGCCCUUGAUCGUAUUUGAGAAGGCCAACGUCGAUACAGCGGUUAACGGAAUCGUCUUUGGAAGUUUUAUCGCAAGCGGACAGACGUGUGUAGCCAGCACCCGGAUCAUCGCGCAAAACUCGAUCAUGGACGAGCUAUUGACCAAGCUCAAGGACAAGAUUAAUAGCAUUACGCGCCGAAUUGGAGCUCCGAGCAACCCAGAGUCAACCAUGGGGCCACUUAUCUCCGAGAAGCAGUUGCGAAGGGUGGAACAUUUAGUCAACAGCGCUCUAGAUGGAGGAAAUGCAGUCUCUCUCAUCGGCGCAAAGCGAAUGGUUUCCCCAAGCCCGCUCGAUGGAUUCAACUUCGAGAAGGGAUACUUCUACGAACCAACGCUACUUGUAUCCAGCAACGAAAACAACAGUAUUGUGGAGACAUCCAUCUGGCGCGAGGAAGUGUUCGGUCCUGUCAUUGUCGUUGCCGGUUUCGAUAGCGAGAGAGAGGCAAUUGGAUUGGCAAAUGAUAGUGAGUUUGGAUUGGGAGCUGGUAUAUGGACACUCGAUCUUUCUCAGGCUUUCCGAGUGUCGGAGCAGAUUGAGGCAGGAAUUACUUGGGUGAAUACCCAUCAUCGAAAUGACCCUAGUAGUCCAUGGGGAGGUGUAAAGUCUGCGAGUGGAGUCGGAAGCGAGAACGGGGUCGAGGCUUACAAUGCCUAUACAACAUCGAAAAGCACAAUCAUAAAUUAUGCUUCUUCUGAUGAGUCUUUGACUGAGGAUGACUGGUUUGGAGAUGGCUCCGGCAAUGUUAGAUAUGGUUGA